AUGUCGAACAACCGAAAAACUACCUUAGCACAAUCCGCAGAAUACAAUCAAGGACCUAUUCCUGUACAAGUAGAUCCUAUACGACAGGGACCACUACCACAGCAGUAUGACCCGCAUAUUAUUCAUAAACAAACUUCCUACUCAUCAUUAUCAACAGAUAGUAGUAGAUAUCAUAGUCAUCAGCUAGAUCCUAGAGAAUUAGAUCGGAAAAAUACUAUUUCUUCCCGCGCCGACGCGAGAGGUGUCUCACCAGGAUCUCAAUUAGAUCCUCGUGAUAUACAAAGAUCUAAUAGUGUUUCACCUCGUCCUGAUAUGGCGAGACCUCAAGGCGAUUUUCAUCAUCAAUCAUCAAUUUCAAGAAGGCAAAAUAAUUCAUCACCUUAUCUCGCUGCUGAUCCCAGAGAAGAACUUGUGCCUUCUCGACAGAAUAGCGGAUCAACUUAUCCAGAUACACGAAGUAGUCCACAACCGCCUUUUCGACAGAAUAAUGCUUCGUCAUAUCUACCAGAAUCAAGAGAAGGAGGAGAAUCUUUACAACCACAGCAGCACGAUCAUCAACAGCCAUAUUAUAGUAAUGGACAGUAUGAUUCAUAUGAUAAUCGUAACUAUAAUCAAAGAAAUGCAGGCGCAUAUCCCGAAGAUAGUUAUGAUUAUUCCCCUCAACAACAUCCUUCUAAUAAACCUUAUCUUCCACCUCUUCAUCCUAACCCUAAUUAUCCUCCCCCGCCCCCUCCUCACCAGGAAGAACAAUAUCCAUCACAGCAACAACAUUUACCUCAAGGUGAUUAUUCUUCCCUUCCUUCUCUCCAAACUGAUUUAUAUCAACAUCCCCAAGGAGAUUAUCCUCCGCCUCAAGAAGGCUAUGGCUAUAAUGGAUAUCAACAAAAUUAUCCAGUAGAUGCUAAUUCAUAUUAUGGGGAUAAUGUCGAUGGUGCUCCAAUGCCUUCAAACUAUUAUCCGCCUGAUCAAAAAGGUCAAUUUUAUGAAGAACAUAGUUCAUAUUCACAGGAUUAUCCACAGCAAGGAUAUCCUCUUUCACAUCCACAAGAAUAUUCUCAAGAUCCUUACGGAAGUUCAACUUUAGGACGUCAAUAUUCAAUGAAGGGCCCAUUACCAAAUCGUCAAUAUGAUGCUGAUAAUUCGAAUUCUGUAAAAAGUGUCGAUGUUAAUAAACCUUCUUAUACACCUGAAGCUAUCGAAGCAUAUCGUAGUAAAGCCAAAAGUGCUGAUAGUUUACUACAAGAGGCCGUUAAAAUAAUACGUCGUUUAGCCACUCAAGGAGUUGGAUUCGGAAAACCCGCAUAUCCUGAAGCACAAUUUUAUUUGGCAGGUGCCUAUGGACACGGAGCUUUGGGCUUGCCUUUUGAUCAAGAAAAAGCAUUUAGUCUUUAUAUGCAAGCAUCUAAACAAAAUCAUUCAUCUGCAACUUAUCGAACUGCUGUCUGCUACGAAGUUGGUGGUGGUACAAAACGGGAUCCACAUCGUGCUACUCAAUUUUUUCGAAAAGCUGCCGCAUUAGGCGAUACAGCUGCCAUGUAUAAAUUAGGCACAAUUUUAUUAAUGGGAUUAUUAUCACAAACAAAAAACCCACGUGAGGCUGUAACUUGGCUGAAACGUGCUGCACAAAAAGCUGACGAAGAGAAUCCUCACGCACUUCACGAAUUAGGAUUAUUACACGAAAGGAAGGAUAUUCAAAAAGAAAUUCCUUCCAUAAUUCAUGAUGAACGUUUUGCCUUGGAGCAAUUCCAUAGGGCUGCCGAUUUAGGUUAUGCCCCAUCUUGUUUGAAGCUUGGCUGUGUUUAUGAAUAUGGUCAGUUGAAUGUGCCAAUAAACCCGCAAAAAUCUAUUUAUUAUUAUUCGAAAGCGGCGGAACAAGAAGAUGCAGAUGCAGAAUUGGCUUUGUCAGGAUGGUAUUUGACCGGUAGUGAACCUGUCUUAAAGCAAUCUGACACUGAAGCCUAUUUAUGGGCACGUAAAGCUGCAGAUAAAGGUCUUUCUAAAGCAGAAUAUGCAAUAGGAUAUUAUUCAGAACUGGGAAUUGGUGUAAACCAGGAUCCUGAGGAAGCACGGCGUUGGUAUUUACGUGCGGCAGCACAAGGUAAUAAGAGAGCCCAACAUCGUCUUACUGAAUUAAAAAAGCUCGGCAAUAUGCGACGUCUCAAGCCAGAAAGAUAUACUCGAGCACAAGCGAAGAAGGAAGACUGUGUUAUAUGCUAA